GGGGCGUGUUCAGCUGCUUCUCGCUGAUUGGUUGCUCUCAGCCAAACCUUCUUGUUGGCGCAACGUGUGGGUCACGUGACCGGGAGCCGCGGCGUGUUACAGGACAUGGCUGACCAGGUUCCGGCUCCGCAGCAAACACUUCACCGGCGCCGCCGACCGGCCCCUCGCCCGCCCCGCGGACCCAACGACAUCUAUGUCAAUACGAAAACAGACUUCCGAGCCCAGCUGGGCCGCUGCCGCCGGCUCCUUGAAGCCGGAGACCAUGGCGAGCUGAGGGUCCAUGGCCUGGGCCUCGCCAUCGGCCGUGCCAUUAACCUGGCCCUGCAGCUCCAGGCCUCGGCUCCCGGCACCCUUCUGAUCUCCGCCACCACCUCCACGGUCGAACUGACAGAUGACAUGGAGCCGGAGGGGGGAGAGGAUCUGGAGCCAGGAUCCAAGAGCAGGAACAACUCCGCCAUCCACAUCCGUGUGUACAGGGCUCCUGCCAACUGACACCUCGGGUUCCCAUGUCAAUGUACCCCGCCGGUGUUCUGAUACACCCUGUAUGGAACAAACCGCCAGGAUUCUGAUACACCCUGUAUGGAACCGAUUGGCUGCAGCGCAUUUAGUGCUAAAGGCCCUACAGCCUUGUGUGAUUAAACAGGGGGGUGCGUGGCCUAGGGAAGUGCUCACGUACAGAUCGACACACACCGGCUCCAGUCAUGUGAUCCCUGUAGCCCAUCAUAAACAUUAAAUCCGUGAUGAUUUGGUGAGCUGGCGAAGCCGGGGCUGGCAUUUCUCUCGUGUUUUUUUUUUUUU